GAAGGCCUUAUCCUUCUCCAAUCUCCGUCUCUGGCUCUUGUCACGUGAUCAGAUUUGAAAACAUCAAAAUUCGCAGAGCAAACCGAAAACCCUCUGGAGCCACCGGAGAAGGAGGAUGGUCUCGAGCGCGGAGUCGAGCAGCAGCAGCGCCGGUACUGGGCCUGGUCGUGCUCGCGGGCUGGUCCUCAAGGCGCUGGUGUUACUGGGUGGCGUCCUUUUGCUGAAGCGGCUGAGGAAGUCCACCACCAGAUGGGAUCACGCCGGCGCCGUCACGAAUUCCCUCGUCGGGGAGAAGUUUUCUCGGGAACAGGCUCGCAGGGAUCCUGACAAUUACUUCAACAUAAGAAUGAUUACAUGCCCAGCGACAGAGAUGGUAGAUGGAUCAAAGGUUUUGUACUUUGAGCAGGCAUUUUGGAGGACUCCCCAGAAACCUUUUCGACAAAGAUUUUACAUGGUGAAGCCUUGUCCAAAAGAGAUGAAAUGUGAUGUUGAGUUGAGUUCAUAUGCAAUAAGAGAUGUGGAGGAGUACAAAAACUUUUGUGACCGUCCAAGGGAUCAAAGGCCACAGCCUGAGGAGGUCAUUGGGGACAUUGCAGAACAUCUGACAACUAUUCACCUCUCGCGUUGUGAACGUGCAAAGCGUUGCCUGUAUGAAGGCACAUGUCCGCCGGGUGGCUUUCCUAACACAUGGGGUGGUGCAUUAUACUGUUCGUCUGAACUCACUAUUCACAAAAAUGGCGAAAUACAUACUUGGGACAGAGGAUACGACGAGGGGGGAAAUCAGGUCUGGGGUCCGAAGGCUGGUCCUUACGAGUUUAAGCCUGCAAGACCAUCCAACAACGACGACAUGUUCUUCUCACCUUUGAACUCUCCCCCAACAUUUUCUUUGGAUAAGAUGGAAAGUUCUUUUGUAGUCAACGGGCAGUAACCUUCGCAAUCCAAAUCUAAUAAAACUUAUUUCACUUUUUAUUCUCUCCUAAUACAGGAUCCAACCUUCCAAUAACUCUCGUUAAAUAGAAACAGUUUGAAACACUGUCCUCCCAAAGUUUGCAGCGAAGUACUGAGCAAACUACCAAAUUAGGCCAUUUUGCCGGUGCAAACAAGACGGAUCAUAUUA